UCUCGAAAACUGAAAGUUGGGAGUCUCUGCCACUGCGCCAUUGAUGAAAGAAUGAAUUCAGCUAUUGAAGCUGGAAGAAGACUGUGCGGGGGAUUUGGUGAUGGACGGUUCUAUACGAACAGUGGGAAAUGGAAGUUGUUUCUCGUGGUUGUUGCCGCUCUUUUGGCCUCCUUGGUUGUCGAUUCUAAUGCAUCGGAGACAAUUGGAGAAUGGCAAAUUCUUACCAGACAGAAUUUUUCUUCUCAGAUCAGACUUCAUCCUCAUAUUCUUCUUCUCGUCACACUUCCCUGGUCUGGUGAGUCACGAACACUAAAGAAAGAUAUAGCCCAUCUGAUUGAAAAUAGAAAAGAAAGCUAUAGUUCAUUAAAGCUGAUGUUCAUGUACAGAAACUCGGAGAAGAUGUUAGCAAAUGCAAUUGGUGCUACUUCAGAGGAGACAAAUGUUAUCUUCUACCAUCAUUCUGUAUCUUACAAGUACCAAGGGAGACUAACCGCUCAAAAUAUUGUAUUCUCUAUUUAUCCAUACCUGUCACUAUUGCCUGAACAACUUCCCCUUACGCACUUGAAUACCCCUGAGGACUUGAAGUCAUUCCUUGAUUCCACUGAUAAGGCCUUGCUUCUCGUGGAAUUUUGUGGAUGGACCCCAAAAUUGUUGUCCAAGGGGAUAAAGGGCAACAUUACAGAUGAUCUUUUUGAAACAACUGACAAACAUACGGACGGAAUACAAACAUCGAGAGGGAAGAAUAACAGCAAGCAUCAUAACCAAAAUGCAGACAUGAUGUGUGGUAUUGAAAAAGGAUAUGAUGGAGUUCCAUGGUUUGGGGAGUUCAGUUCAGGAAACGAUACUUGUGUAGAGACUAACUGUACCAAUGAAUCGUUUUCAUCAUUUUGCAAUAAUGAAGAGUUCAUGCGGUACAACUCUUUCUUCACAAAUUUAUUGGCUGUUGUCAGAGAAUUCUUCCUGCCCAGAGAGAAGCAUGGGUUUGGUCUGAUUUCUGAUAGAUUGAUGAUUUCUUCUCUUGGCAUUGAAGAUUCGGAUUCAUGGCUUGCAACACUUCAUUUUGCUGGAUGUCCGAGUUGUUCAAAAACUCUAAGAGCAGAUGAUGACCUUAAGCAAAAUUUGCAGAUGAAUAAUUUCAUUGUUUCAGAGCUUGAAGUAGAUGUGAGCGGUGAACAACCUGCUUUGCCUGUCAAUAAGCCAUCAAUAAUUCUGUUCGUGGAUAGAUCAUCCAACUCGUCAGAGUCCAAUAGAGAAAGUAAAGUCGCUCUUCGGGAUUUCAGAGAAUUAGCACAACAGUAUUACACGUCGUAUUCCAUCACUGAACAAGGUGGUAACAAGGUAGAGAAACCUUUGCUCCAAAAGUAUCCAGUUAUGAGAAGUCCCUUGGAACCUCCUAGACUAAAACUGUCUUCAGCAUCUCGGUUGAUUAAAUUGGAGAAUAAGAUGUCUUCUGUCAUGAUUGUGAAUGAGGGAAAAAUUGUCUCUAUGGAUAAAUUAGCUUCAGAAUUACAAGGAAAUUCAUUGCAUGAAAUCCUAUCACUCCUUCAGAAGAAGGAGGCUGGAUUAAGCUCCCUUGCAAAGAGUUUAGGUUUCCAGCUAUUAUCUGAUGAUAUUGACAUUAAGUUAGCAGAUCCAUUGGCUGAUGUGACAGAAGUUCAAUCUUUAGAAGUGUCACCAGAGACAUCCCAGGAAGGCACUAUUACACCUAGUGUUCAACCGGAUGAAGAUCAGUCGACUGAUGGCAGAUGCAUGUCUGCCAAAGAGCAUGGGGAAGCUUCAGAAUUUUGUACCAUCGAACCUAUUCCUCAGGAGGAUAAUGAAAAAAAGGCUAGCAUUCAUGCAGUUGAGCAUGAUGAUUUUAUACAAUCUGAUGAAUCAGCUACCGACCACAUUCCUCAAAACAUUAAAGUUGAAGAAAAAUCUUCUUUAACAGUGGAAAUAUCAAGGGAUGAGAACCUCCGCUUUCAAGGUUUUGAAGGUUCAUUUUUCUUCUCUGAUGGUAACUACCGAUUACUUAAAGCUUUGACAGGUCAAUCGAAGUUCCCUGCUUUGGUAAUACUUGAUCCUCUUCUGCAGCAGCAUUAUGUCUUUCCACCGGAGAAAAUACUAAGCUAUUCUUCACAGGCUGAUUUUUUAAGCAAUUUUUUCAAUAGAAGCUUACUUCCAUAUCAACUGUCUGAGUUUGUUGACAAGAGCCCUAGAGCAGCCAUUAGCCCACCAUUUGUUAAUUUGGAUUUUCAUGAGGUGGAUUCUGUUCCUCGGGUUACUGCUCUUACUUUCUCCAAACUUGUUAUUGGCUCCAACCAAUCUGAAUCCUUAAAUACUCUUGAUGCUUGUGGCAAGGAUGUGUUGGUUUUGUUCAGCAAUAGUUGGUGUGGUUUUUGCCAGAGAAGCGAAUUAGUUGUUCGUGAAGUUUAUCGAGCUAUUCAGGGUUAUUCUAACAUGCUUAAGAGCGGAAGUGGAAAUGAAAAGAAUAUGUUAAGUGAAACUCGGGCAGAUCUACUGUCAAAGCUCCCACUAAUCUACCUAAUGGACUGCACACUGAACGAUUGCAGUUCAAUUCUAAAGUCAUUUGAUCAGCGAGAAGUAUACCCUGCACUUUUGUUAUUUCCAGCAGCAAGAAAGAAAGCUAUAUUAUAUAAAGGUGAUCUAUCAGUAACCGAUGUUAUAAAAUUUGUUGCAGAACAAGGAAGUAAUGCCCAACAUCUUAUCAAUCAGAAUGGAAUUCUAUUGACAGUGGCAGACAACAGAAUUGGAAGCACCAAGUCAUUUGAAGAUUCAAGACCUACUCAUUCUCAAGAAAAGGACAGUAUUCUGAUCGAGAAGUACCACGAAGUUCUAGUGAGAGACAGGAAAGUGGAAAAUGCUAUGAGAUUCAGUCACAUAAAUCUUCAUAUCACAAAUGAUGAGGAUGAAUCAUUACCUCAUAUAGGAGUUGGAACAAUGUUAAUCGCCACAGACAAACUUGUUGGUUCUCAGCUUUUUGAUAAUGCUCAGAUUCUGAUUGUGAAGGCAGAUCAAACCAUUGGUUUCCAUGGCCUGAUAAUCAACAAGCAUAUCAAAUGGGAUACUCUUCAAGACAUGGGAGAAGGUUUAGAUAUCUUAAAUGAGGCACCUUUAUCACUCGGAGGACCACUCAUUAAACGCAAAAUGCCACUCGUGAUGUUAACUCAAAAAGUUUUCAAAGAUCUGCAGCCUGAAAUCCUACCAGGCAUCUACUUCCUGAAUCAGGUUGCUACCUUACAUGAAAUAGAAGAGAUAAAGUCAGGCAAUCACUCAGUUAGUGGAUAUUGGUUUUUCUUGGGUUAUUCAAGCUGGGGUUGGGAUCAGUUGUAUGAUGAAAUUGCUGAAGGAGUUUGGAGAUUAUCCGAAGAUGGCGCGAGUUACUUAGGUUGGCCGGAAGUUUGACAACUUUUUAUCUGCAUUCAGAAGAGCUUUUAGAGGCUAACAAAACAGGUCAGUGCACACGAACUAAUUAAUACAACUGAGACCAUUUGAUUUGCAAGAUUAAGUCAUAUUUUGAUGGUGUACAAAUUCGGUGUGGCUGGAUUUUUGUAAAAUUGCUUUUGUUCCUUCUAUAUGUUUAUUAAAUUUUCAAAAUGUUAGUCAAA